UUUGCAACCGCGAAACUACGAUAACGCAGCACAAUGGCUGGAAUCAAGACUAAGUCCGCGGCAGCUGAUGCGCCGGUGAAAACGAAAAAGGACAAGCCGGAGAAGAAAUCCUCGAAGAGCGACAUGAAGCAUGCUGUGAAGUCCGCGAAGCCUGCAAAGAAGAGCAAGAAGGUCGCCGACAACCUCCCAGAGUCGGACACCAGCGAACAGGGAAACGGCUACAACGGUUUCUCCGCGAACCCAGACGUCGAGAUGGCCGACAGCGAUUCCGAAGAACAGCCUAAGGCAAAGACUUCGAAGCGCAAGGCGGAGGACGAGCCCACAGAGAAGAAGAAGAAGUCCAAGUAUGAGACACCAAAGGAAAUUUCUUCCAAGCUUGCCGACAUGCAUGCCAGCAACUCUCGCGAAGCACACCAGAAACAGAAGGCUCUCGCAAAGGAGCGCAAGAACGCCAAGCCUAAUGCCGACGUUAUUGAGCGAUCCAAGAAGCUGUGGGAGAAGCUGCGGCUGAAGUCACACAUCGAGAAAGAUGAGAGAAAAGAGCUUGUCAAGGAGCUGUUUGAGAUCAUCACAGGCCGCGUUAAGGACUUCGUCUUCAAGCACGACUCCGUGCGUGUCGUCCAGACUGCGAUCAAGUACUCGACAAUGGAACAGAGAAGGAUGAUUGCGCGCGAGCUGAAGGGCGAGUUCAAGGUGCUGUCUGAGGGCAAAUACUCGAAGUUUUUGAUCGCCAAGCUGGUCGAGAAGGGUGACCCGGAGAUCCGCGACCUUAUCAUCACCGAGUUCUACGGCCACGUCAAGCGUAUGAUCAACCAUCCUGAGGCAGCGUGGAUCCUGGACGAUAUCUACAGAGCAGUCGCAACACCAGAGCAGAAGAAUCGACUUCUUCGUGAAUGGUAUGGUGCAGAAUUCUCCAUCAAAGGCCUUGGACCAGAAGGCACACAGAGCGCAGAUCUCGUAACCAUUCUUGAGGAAUCACCAGAGAAGAGGAAACCUAUCAUGGACUACCUGGAAAACCAGAUCAACUCGCUCAUCCAGAAGAAGCUCAAUGGCUUCACCAUGCUGCACGACGCGAUGCUGCAGUACUUCCUGGUUUGCGAACCUGGCACAGAGCAAGCGAACGAUUUCCUCGAGCAUCUCAAGCCCGACCCGACACUCAAGGAGGGAGAGGAGGCUGACAACGUGGAUUUGAUGAAGAACUUGGCAUUUACAAAGUCUGGCUCGCGACUGGUAUCGCUCUGCUUCGCAUACGGUACAGCGAAGGACCGCAAGCUCUUUCUGCGACCGUACAAGGACACAAUCGAGGUUAUGGCAUUCGAUCAGCACGCCCACCACGUUCUCCUCGCCGCCCUGGCCGUCACCGAUGACACCAAGCUGUCCUCGAAGUCGAUAUACAGCGAGUUGCUGCCCGGCAAUGACGCCCUCCCCGAGAAGGUUCUCAACCUUUGCAACGACGCCCGCGCCCGCACCGUGCUCCUGUACCCCUUCGCCGCUGACGCCAAAUGGUUCCUUGACGACAACACUCGCGAGCGCCUGACGGAAAUUUACACCAUCCGCCAAAAGACCUCGAAGAAGGACCCCAACACUCGUCUGCAGGAAGUCACAAAGAGCAUCGAAGCGCCCCUGCUCAACGCCAUCACCGCGCGCGCCGCAGACUUCGCAUCCUUCACAUUCGGUCUGCAAUUUAUGGGCGAGAUCCUCGUCGGCGCACCUGAGAUUGAGCCUGCGACGCGCAAAGAGGCGCUCGCGGAGGUUGCGCGCCUUUCGCAAUCGAUUCUCGAUGCUUCUUUGCCUGCGAGCGCGGGAGAUAACAAGGCCACAAGUCAUGGCAAGAAUAUGCUGAAGACGCUUGUGCAAGGAGGCAAGUACGAUCCCGUGACUAAGAAGGUUGUGCCCGUCACACCCGCGCUCGGAUUUGCAGACAUGUUGUGGGCGGAGAUCAAGGGCAGCGUCAUCGACUGGGCGACAGGCGAGGGUUCAUUCGUUGUCGUCGCUCUGACCGAGGCCGAGGGCUUCGAGAAGAAGAGCGAGGUGUUGAAGGCGCUGAAGAAGGACAAGAAGAAGCUUGAGGCCGCUGCCGGGCCAGCAAAGAGCAAGGACGACGCUAAAGCGAAGAAGGGCAAGAAGGGCGUCAAGAAGGAUGACGCGCCAAGGGGGAAUGCUGGUGCGAGAAUUCUGCUCGAGAAGUUGUAGAUGUCAGGCAUUUGGCAUUAGUGGAGUUGUUGGCAGGUCAAAAGCAUCAAUUUAUGAUACCCUCUAA